GGGGUGGCGAAGGGGGGGUUUGGGGUUGUGAUUGUAAUUGCGACGGCAACGGCGUGGGUGCGUGGGUGCGUGGGUGAGAGUGGGAAGUGGGGAGCGAGCGAAGGGAGGAGCAAGGGACCUAGGGAUACCGCUGGUGGCUGGGUCGGUGAGCAGCGCCCGCGCGCUCGCGACGUUUUGGCGCAUCGCUCGCUGUUGCGUUGGUUUUGCUGUUUCUUGGAGCGGUGAGUUUGGGAAUACCUGGGUAGGUAGCUAGCUACUGUAGCGAAAUGACAAAGACGUCUUGUCUGUGCUUAGGUGUGGAUGGGGAGUGGUUGUGGGACCCCCAAUGGGAUGAGAUGGAUGGAAUGGGCUCUCUUCCACACCUGACGACGUACUCUGUACCUAGAUAGGUAUACAUGUACUGCCAUCGCGUUCCCAUGAACACAGUCUCAUACACACAACGACACAGAAACACGCCCGUCGCAUUGCAAGACAAGACGCGAGCACGACGACGCGCACGCGCACAUGAGAUCGGCUCUCCAACCCCAACCCUCAGCACCACCAAACCAGAUCAACUACACACACACGCACGCACGCCACACGAACCAACACAAACCAACACAAAACAUCAACCAAAAUAAUAAUAAUAAUAAUAACAAUCCUCAUUCCCCAGCCCCAGCAGAGAAGACGCGCCGCGAGUCCACCUAGGUUGAGCAGGUGG